UUUUUUUUUGUUGGUAUUUUGUUAUUUUUUUUUUUCAAUCGUUUGAAACGGCUGCUAAAACUGCCACUGGAAACGGGUAACUGCAACUGCAACUGCAACUGCAACUGCAAUAGCAACAGCAACUGCCAAAUAUCCAUUUAUGCAAAGCAAACACCGAACUGCUAACAAUACAUUGUGUGCCGUUAUUAUCAUCGGGAGGCACUGGCCACCCAAAUGUCCACGCGAAAUAUGUCACAAUUCCGAGAUAAUUCAUGGCUCGCGGCUGCGCGCUCAUAUGGCGUGCUUAAAAGCUUGCGCUGCUCUGCUCGCUAUGCAAAAAGUAAAUCCAAAUCGGCGAUCAAUCUCAAUGCGAAUCUGAAGCAACAGCAAAAGAAUCAAAAGCUAAAGGAACAAGAACAACAACAACAACAACAACAGCAAGCAGAACAACAGGUGGAGGCGCUAUAUGCAAAUGUUGAAGAGCUCAUCCAGGCUGAGGCUGAAGACGAUGCUCUAAUGGGUAAUGCACAGCCUCGAAUGAUGAAUCAUUUGCGCGUGCACAAGUUCAAAUUGGGCGGCAAGGACCAUUCGGCUGUUGCCGAUAUCCCUACCGCCGACAACAACAACAGCAUAUGCAACAAGAACAAUAACAACAACAACAGCAAUAAUAAUAAUAAUAACGGAAAUAGCAGCGGCAAAGGAUUUCUGACCCGCAUCAAGCGUUACUCGGUGCUGGGAAACAAACUGAGCCGACGCCAUUUGGGCAGCAUGACACUGCCGGGCGGAGGCGGAGGUGGUGGCUCCGGCAAGGAUCGCUCCGGCUCACCCAGCAAACUGGCCACUGGCAGCUACAAUAUGACUGGCAGCAAUUCGGAGGAUCAUCGCCUAGAGAUUGGCGCCCCCAUACUAAUAUCGACGACAACCCUGGACACUGAUCGCUUUGGUGUAACAGAGGCGCGCCUCAAGCAGAUAGGUGGCGGCAUUGCCAAGACAUCGACGAUGGUACGGACUCUAACGCCGCGCAGCUCCGAUGAGGAGGAGUUUGUCGAUGCCUGCAGCACGAUGCCCCAAAUCGAGCAACAGACAGAGCCUGAAACGGAGGAAACGGAACAGUUUGUAACGCCAACGCAUCAACCGGAACAGGAAAAGGAACCGCAACUGCAACCGCAACAACAGCAACAGCAACCGCAACAACUGCAACCGCAACCGCAACAACAGCAACCGCAACCGCAACAACAGCAGUCACAACUGCCAUUAGUCUUGCCACUUAUGGAGGCACCGUUUCGACGACCACGCAUUGCCCGGCAACAACAGCAGUCGCAGUCCGUACAGAAUCUGCAUCGGUCCGAGCUGAAACUCUAUCUGCACAAGUCGCCAUCGAUGACGCUGGACAUGAAUGUGACAGCGCCGCCACAGCUUGGCCUCAACCUGCCGGAACUGCCGGAAUUGUAUGGCACCAGUGAGCUCAGUUUGGCGGCCAGCGAUAACAAGGAGAACAUGGCCAGCUCGACGCAAAGAUGUGGAAAGAUCGGCAAGCAGGACAUUUCGCAUCCGAGCACACCCGUCAUCUGUGGCUAUUUGGCGCAGCAGGAGCGCUUCAAGAGCAUCGACUCCUUUCAGCCGAUGCCCUCCAAGCGGCCAUCCAAACAGAGCCUUACCAGCUGUCGCAGCAGCAGGAGCAGGAGCCGAAGCAGAAGCCAAAGCCGGAGCCGAAGUCAAUUGAGCCACAGCCAGAUUAGCAUCAAUGAGGAGUUUGAUUAUGAUCUCAAAUCGGUUAGCUAUCAGAGCCUGACUGCCCAAAAUCUGUUUGUAUCGAUCGAUGAGCUGCAGGAGAUUACCCGUCAGAUCAACGAGACGGAGGAUUUCAGUCGUGAAAUCGAUCUGGAGUACUGUACGCAUCGGGAUCAAUUGCGUCCCAACGAGCGUCGCAUCACGCUGCUGAAGAACAAGAACCAGCGCCUGAUCAACUUUAAUCACAACAAGGAGAAGCUCCGCAAGGGCUGGCACGGCAUGAAGAACUGGCUGGGCGAGGAGGGCAGCAAGCUGAAGGAGGUGGUGCGCCAACAGACGCCUCUCAAGCGUGUCGCCCAAUCCAAAACCAAUCUCAACCAGUCCUGCGGCAAUGCCAGCCGCCAGUCAAUGUCACCUGAUCGAAGUCGCGAUCGCGAUUGUGAUCGAGAUCGUGAUCGUGAUCGUUAUCGUGAUAUGACCGAAAGUUGCGAGGAUGUCACCGAACGGACAGAUCGCACCGAGUAUGAGCCCUCGAUGUCACAGCACCCCAGUGAUGAGGAUCUUUCGCCGCACGCUAAACGCUUUAAGGAUGAGGGGCAAAACGGUUUCGAGGAAUUAAGACGCUACAUUAAACAGGGCGGUGACUUUAGCAAGGAACUCAUAUUUGUCCUGCAGGAGCGCGCCGACUCGGAGCUGAUCUACUCCAAGUCACUCUCGAAGUUGGCGAAUAAACUAAAUAAAGCUGGACGGGAGAUACCUGGCAGCGUGGCGGAUGCCUGGCGUGGUGUUGCUACAGAGAUGGAAAGUCGCAGUGACAUUCAUCGCCAGCUGGCUGCCUCGCUGACCGAUGAGCUUGUCAAGCCGCUAAAGACGGUUGUCGACAAUCAUCACAAGACCCGUAAAGCGGUGGAAAGCAAUGUGGACAAAGCGGCCCGUGUGCUGAGCGAGUGGCGCGUGAGCGAGGCAAAGGCAAAGAAGGCAUCGCACACGGCCGCCCGUGAAAAUGAGAAACUGCAGGACGCAAUGCUGGAUGUGCGCAUACAGAAGUCGCCAUCGAUAGCGCUGCUGCAUCAGGGGCCCAACAAGCUGGCAGCCGAGAAGGAGCUGAAGUCCGCCGAGAAGGACUGCGUCAAGCUGGACAACAAACGGAAGAAGGCCGAGGAGGCUGUCAAGCGGGCAGACGUCGAAUACUAUACGCUAUGUGUGCGUGCCGAGCGUGCCCGUGUCGAUUGGGAGAUGGCCGUAUUGCGCGGCUCCUCCCAACUCCAAAACAGCGAACAGCAGCGUGUGGGCAACAUGCACAAUUUUGUGCAGCAAUAUGCGCGUCUCAUCAACGACAUGCAUCCGAUUUUGAGUGGUCUAGCGACUGGGCUGCAGCCGCAGCUGGAUGCGUGCAAUGUGGCCAAGGAUAUGCAGGUGGUGCGCAACAUUCGACGCAACUCCGAGGGUCCCAGCGAGCAGCUGCUGCCCGACUUCUAUUGCGAGCACACCACGCUGGCCAUGAACCGCGAGAGGCGGAAGCAUUCGCUGAUUAAGCUCCUUCAGCUGGUCAAGACCGAUUUGGAGCGGGAGCGACGCUCGCGGGAUGGCCUGCGCGGCCUAUCCCAUUCACUCAACAACCAGGAGCAUCAGAAUAUUACGGAUAAGCUGUACCAUAUUCGCUCUAUGCUGACUUAUUUGGAGGGUGCACGUCUGAAGCUGCACUCGGCCCUGCUGGAAUUGGAUCACAAGCCGCGCACAACACAUCCGCUGGCACAGCACAUACAGAUUACACGCGAUCGGACUGGACUACAGCAGAGUAUCCUGAAGGUGCCCAAUUGGCUGAAGAACAAUGACAAGACGCCGCUGUCGACGACGUUGCUGUCGCAGGAUGCUAGCGACAUCAAUGCCACCGACGAGGAUGAUUAUUCACAGUUGCAGAGCCAGAACAAUAGCUCCUGUGCGAACAUUAGCGUGGUCGCCGCACCAACAUCGGCGCUCCUCAAGAACUUUAAUCGCAGCAAGAGCAAUAUUGAAACUUUUACCAGCCAACCAAAGAUAAUAUCGACAACGAACGCAUCGCUGGCAGCAAGUGCCGUAACGGCGACUGUGGCGACGACAGUCAAGUCCAAGACGCUGGCCGGUGGCCAGACGAAUGGUGAUCGUGGCCAGGCGGAUGGCGGCUCCAAUCAGCAGGACUCUGACUUUGAUGAGUUCAGUUCGCAGGACGAGGAUGAGGCUGAGCCGCAGGCGACCACUCAGAAUUUCUAUCAAAAUGCACAGGAGGUGCAAAGCUCAUCGAUGAGCUCCUCGCAAGGCACCAACAGCAAUUUCACCAGCGUCAGCUCCAAGGAUGGCGGUCAGUGUCAGGUGCUGGGGCGCUGCAAGGCGCUCUAUAGCUACACACCAAAGCUCUACGAUGAACUAGAACUGAGUCCCGGCGAUGUUAUCGAGGUUCAUGCCAAACAGGAUGACGGCUGGUGGCUGGGCGCCUUGCGCAAUCAAAUUGGCAUCUUUCCCGCCACAUAUGUGGAGGAGUGUGCCUAGCAUAUCGAUUCUAUAUAAGCCACAUAAGUGUUUAAGAGUGUGUGCGUAUGUGCGUGUGAGUGUGUGAGAGUGUGUGCGUGAUAACGAAAGAAUGUCAUAUUGUAUUUAAGUCAGCUUUUUUUUGCCUUUUGAUAAUUGCUUACAAUGAGCUUUAAAGGUCUCUGCAUUAAAAUAUCUACCUAUUAAAACAAA